AAGUGAAAUAAAUUAAACAUACACAAGCUUUUUAAUUAGUUUGUGUGUGUGUCUGUGUGCGUUUGCGUGUGCGUGAGAGAGUCGUGAGUGAAGCAUUCACAACGUCGUCGACAAAACCCACAACAUCAGCCGCCGCCGCCGCUGCUGCUGCUGCCAUCGCCUCCUCUAGCUCUGCCGCCUCCGUCAAGGGAAAGCCGCAACGCCAGCAAUCGACCCAAAGUCCGCCACCGCCAACAGCAGCAGCAGCAGCAGGCGCACGUCAGCGGCGUCGCAGUAGCAACAGUAAUCCAAACGCCGGCAACACGAAAGCGACCAGCGGCAGCGGUGGAGCUGGCUGUGCCGGCGUCGCUGGUGGCGGUGGUGGGGGCGGUAGCGGUGGCGUCGGUGCGGCCAACAUUAAACAAAGUGUCAGUCGCAACAGCAACAUACGCAGCAGCUCCUCCAAUAGCACCAUGGCAUCGGCGAAUCAUCGCGGCGGACGCGCCAUCGGUGGCCAAGGCGUCGGUGCCGUCGAUGCCAAUGCGGCCGGAUUGCAAUUCGGAUCCGCGUGGUUUCAGCGCAAAAUCAAUCUAAGGCCGCAACAUCGUGGCGUUCAUCUGGUCACCGAGGAAAUACUCAGACAGAUGCCAGAGCUGGCGCAGUUCUCUGUGGGGCUAUGUCACAUGCAGAUUCUUCACACCUCGGCGAGUUUAGCGCUAAACGAAAGUUGGGAUCCAGACGUCAGAGAUGACAUGGAAAUGAUGUUGAAUAAAAUAGUUCCCGAAGGUUUGCCCUAUAGGCAUUCAUGCGAAGGACCCGACGAUAUGCCGGCGCAUGUGAAGGCCUGUUUUCUGGGCAGCUCACUGACAAUCCCCAUAACCGAUGGCAAACUAUCGCUGGGUACCUGGCAGGGCGUUUGGCUGUGCGAGCAUCGGGAUCAGGCUGGUAGCCGCAAGCUGGUGAUCACACUCACAGGCUGCCCGCGCGAGCAAGCGGUGCGCAGUCCGCUGUCACCCGUAUCGCCAAUUGCCAGCACCUCCAGUUAGGGGCGGCCUCGCUCCACCCGCGACAGCCGGUAAUCGCGGGGGAGCGACAAUAAUGACAUCAUUUCGUCGAGGAAGUUGAUAUUACAAAAGAAUUUAGCUAGAGCCACGGCACAGCAGCGUGCGGCGGCCGUCAUAGCCGCCGGCGGACGAGCAGCAAUCGCAGCAACGGCAGCAACAGUACCAGCAAUACCAACAGCAGCAACAGCUGCUGCUGCUGCUGGCACUGGAGCUGCUGCUGCUGCUAUUGAUAGCAAAACUCAACGUUUGCUAUUGCGUCAGCGUUUGCAUUUGAAUUUGAAUUUGAAUGUAAGCGAAACGCUGCAGGAUGGCGUGGAUAUUGAUGAUGUUGAUGAGGAUGAGGAUGCCGGCAACGAUGAUGAUGAGGAUGAGCUAAGUGCAACUGGCAUUGUCCAAGCCCAAGCCAAUGGGCGACGACAUGUUGGUGAUAAUCUACAAACCGUCACAGCAGUGCCUCAAUAUAAACAACUAAGACAUAAGUUCAUCACAACAACAGCAGCAACCACAACAACAACCAGCUCAUCAGCAACAUUAGCUAAAUUCAAGCGCAGCUCAACAACAACUUUGGAUCAGCAACAGCAACAAACAGCAGCUAGCUUUAGCAGCGCUACGCUGCAACAACGUUUAGCGUGGGCUUAUCCAGAGUUACCCCAACAACAACACCAA